AGAACCUGCCAAGCUCUGGAGAACCCAAGAAGCUCAUGGACUUUUCCAGGCCUAGCUGUAACCCCUGGAGGUGGCUCACCCUUUUGGCCAGUUUGCUGACCUGUGGCAUCUGCCAGGCCUCUGGUCAGAUCUUCAUCAGCCCAGACUCACUCAUGGGAGUGGAGAAUUUCCGGACCAUCCUGACCCUAGAAAAUGUCCCAGAAGACGUCCUGGAGUACAGUUGGUAUCGGGGCAUGGACAACAGUACAGGCAACAUGAUUUUCAGCUAUAAACCUCCCAAUACCCGACACCCUGGGCCCUUGUACAGUGGGCGUGAGAACGUGACCCGUACAGGUAGCCUGGUGGUGAGGAUGUCGGCGUUAAAUGACACAGGCAACUACACUGUCCAAGUGGACACCAGCAACGGGACCCAAACAGCAACUGGCUGGCUCGAGAUCAUAAAGUUGAGAGACGACCCAGACAUCUCAGCCAAUGUUUCAGCCAACGCCAGCAUGUUGGUGGAAGGCAUGGACUCCGUGGUUGCCAAUUGUCUUACCAACUCCUCGAACAUCAAGUGGUACGUGAAUUUUGUGCCAACCUCAGGCAAUAACCGCAUGACGAUUUCCCCGGAUGGCAAGACUCUGGUCAUCCACGGGGUCAGUCGUUACGACCACAGUCUUCAGUGUGCCAUAGAAGAUGUCCCAGAAAUACUCCAGAGAAGUGACACGAUUUCCUUAACUGUGGCCUAUGGACCAGACUAUGUGUCACUGUUGACCGAGCCCUAUGCCUUUAAUGGCGUGCUGCGUGCUGUUAUUGGUUCCUAUGUGCAGCUGGAAUGUACCGGUUACUCCAGGCCGGUAGUCACGUACCACUGGAUUCAUAACGGCUCCCUCCUAAGCAUCUCCGAGAAGAACUUGACCCUCCCUAGUCUGUCCUGGGAACAAAUGGGCAGUUACCGGUGUAUUGUGGAGAACCUGGAGACUCAGCUGGCCUUCUAUAGGGAUGUCACCAUCCAGCCACCUCUAUCUCGGCCACUGCCUACUGUGAAAAGAGAAUUAUACAUCCCAGGAUACUUGGUGAUAAUCCUCAUCAUAUUGGCAACCACGGGAGGUGCCUACAUGUGUAGAGUCCUGGUCUACGCCCUGCAACUAUCCUGCUCCAGAAGGAGAAACUUGUCAUAAGUGUCCACAGAAGACCUAAAGGACAGCCCAGCCAGGGAAGGAGAUGAAGGAGACGGGAGAAUGAGUGCCCCCUGGGGACCAGCUGGACUGCACCAGCACCACAUGUCUCUGGAACAUUCUGGGGAGGACACCAUCCCAGGCUUAGUGAGCUGAAGAAAUGUAGGCUACCGGAUAAAUUGGAAGACUCUCUGUGGGACCUGAAGGAGGGGUGACAUCGCCUGGCCAUCAGCAGCACCAUCUGCUAAGCAGAGCUGGCCAAGCUGGGAUUGGCAAUGUGAGAGUUCUGGGUUCUAAUUCUAGAGCCCGCUCUCCCUCCAGUGUUUCCAAGCUCACAUCCUUACUCUGAAACUAGGGGAUCUUGACAAAUUCUUUGAAGAUGCUUAGAUCACUGUUGCCAAUGACAGAGAAAUGAAGCAAUUUUAACUUCAGA